CUUCACUAUUAUUCUAUAAUAUAUAAAAUAGUAAAACAUGAAGAAAAACCCUUGAAUGAGUAGGUGUGUCCAGACCUUUGACUGGUACUGUAUAUCCACCAUCACCCUCUACGGAACCCCAGGUCUCACUACUGUCCUCUAUAGAACCCCAGGUCUCACUACUGUCCACUACAGAACCCCAGGUCUCACUACUGUCCACUACAGAACCCCAGGUCUCACUACUGUCCACUACAGAACCCCAGGUCUCACUACUGUCGACUACAGAACCCCAGGUCUCACUACUGUCCACUACAGAACCCCAGGUCUCACUACUGUCCACUACAGAACCCCAGGUCUCACUACUGUCCACUACAGAACCCCAGGUCUCACUACUGUCGACUACAGAACCCCAGGUCUCACUACUGUCCACUACAGAACCCCAGGUCUCACUACUGUCCACUACAGAACCCCAGGUCUCACUACUGUCCACUACAGAACCCCAGGUCUCACUACUGUCCACUACAGAACCCCAGGUCUCACUACUGUCCACUACAGAACCCCAGGUCUCACUACUGUCCACUACAGAACCCCAGGUCUCACUACUGUCCACUACAGAACCCCAGGUCUCCUACUGUCGACUACAGAACCCCAGGUCUCACUACUGUCCACUACAGAACCCCAGAACCCCAGGUCUCACUACUGA